AUGUCACCGCAUGACUUUGUGAGCCGUUUCCUCCAUGCCCACACAGACAUCCAGCUGUCGGACGAAGCCACAAAGCUUCUGGCUGGAGUGGUGGACCAGAAGAAAGAUGGCUUGAUCUCCUAUCAGGAGUUUGUAGCAUUCGAGUCGGUGCUGUGCGCACCAGACUCCCUCUUCAUGGUUGCCUUCCUGCUGUUUGAUAAAGCAGGCAAUGGAGUGACCACUUUUGAGGAUGUGAAGCAGGUCUUCAGCCAGACCACCAUCCACCAGCACAUCCCCUUCAACUGGGACUGCGAGUUCAUCCGGCUGCACUUUGGCACACAGAGGGACAAGCAGCUCAGCUACGGCGAAUUCACUCAGUUUCUCCUGGAGAUGCAGCUGGAACAUGCGCGACAGGCUUUUAUCCAGCGGGACCAAGCCCACAGUGGUUCCAUCUCAGCGCUGGACUUUAGGGACAUCAUGAUCACCAUCCGGCCGCACAUGCUCACUCCCUUCGUAGAGGAAUGCCUCGUGGCGGUUGCAGGGGGCAGCACAUCUCAUCAGGUCAGCUUCUCCUACUUCAACGGCUUCAACUCACUGCUCAACAACAUGGAGCUGAUCAGAAAGAUCUUCAGCACCCUGGCUGGCCAUUAUCGAAAUGUAGAAGUCACCAAAGAGGAGUUCAUUAUGGCAGCUCAGAGGUUUGGCCAGGUGACGCCCAUGGAAGUCGACAUCCUCUUUCAACUGGCUGACCUGUCAGAGCCUCGUGGACGUGUUGGUUUAGUGGACAUUGAGAAGAUUGCUCCGCUGGAAGAAGGCGCCUUGCCCUACAACUUGGCUGAGAUUCAGAGACAGCAGCAGUUGGGCAGUGACGGCUCCCGCCCCAUCCUUGUCCAGGUGGCAGAGUCGGUCUACAGAUUCAGUCUUGGCUCAGUAGCAGGGGCUGUGGGUGCCACUGCUGUGUAUCCCAUUGAUCUGGUGAAGACACGCAUGCAGAACCAGAGGAGCAGCGGAUCCCUGGUGGGAGAGCUCAUGUACAAGAGCAGCUUUGACUGCUUCAAGAAGGUGGUGCGCUACGAGGGCUUCUUCGGCCUUUACCGAGGUCUGGUACCACAGCUACUGGGUGUGGCGCCCGAGAAAGCCAUAAAGCUCACAGUGAAUGACUUUGUGCGAGGAAAGACCAGACAGAAAGAUGGUACAGUCCCUCUGGCUGCUGAGAUCAUGGCUGGUGGAUGUGCUGGUGGAUCGCAGGUGAUCUUCACCAACCCUCUGGAGAUAGUAAAGAUCCGUCUGCAGGUGGCAGGAGAGAUCACCACGGGGCCGAGGGUCAGCGCCCUGUCCGUCAUCAAGGACCUCGGCUUCUUCGGGCUUUACAAGGGCUCCAAGGCUUGUUUUCUGCGGGACAUCCCCUUCUCAGCUAUCUACUUCCCUUGCUACGCCCACACCAAGGCUUACCUCAGCGAUGAGGACGGAAGGAUAGGGCCAGCCAAGAUGCUGUUUGCUGGAGCUCUGGCAGGCAUGCCAGCGGCCUCUCUGGUGACCCCAGCGGACGUGAUCAAGACCAGGCUACAGGUGGCGGCGCGUGCAGGCCAGACCACCUACAGCGGCCUGGUGGACUGCUUCUGGAAGAUUCUCAGAGAAGAGGGGCCCCGCGCUUUUUGGAAAGGAGCUGGAGCUCGAGUGUUUCGGUCCUCGCCUCAGUUCGGAGUGACCCUGGUGACCUACGAACUCCUGCAGCGCUGGUUCUACAUCGACUUUGGAGGACAAAAGCCGGCUGGCUCGGAGCCCACCCCCAAGUCUCGGAUCAGCCUGCCGGCGCCCAACCCCGACCACAUCGGAGGCUUCAGGUUGGCCGUGGCCACAUUCGCUGGCAUCGAGAGCAAGUUUGGACUCCAUCUCCCACGCUACACGGUGGCGACGGCCUCCUCCAAUGCGCCGUGAGCCUCCGUGAGCGGGGGGUAAGUCAAAGAGAGAGGGUGGUUUAAGUGUUUUCCGUGUAUAAAAGCACUGAGAGACGUCCACUAGUCCAUUCUGUUUGUAUAGCACUUGAAGUUAUUUAUUUAAAUUUACGACUUUCUCUCUUCUAUUUAUUAGAGUCUAUAUAUAUACUUUGGAGGACUCCUGCAGUUUUUGUCUUACAUGUGACUGAUAGAGUUGUAUUCUAUUAGUUUUGUUUUUCAUACAAUAUAUACACAAAGGCAGCAGAAGGGCUUGUAGAAACACACUUUUUUUUUUUUUUUUGGGGGGGAAAAAAGUACAAUUAAUGACGACUUACUGUUGCAGCUUGUACCAGUGUCUUCCAUUUGUUGCUUCAUAAUCGAAAGCACAUUAUUCAUACGAUCACAUAGCUGGCUAACUAAAGACUGAUCACGAAUGUAUCAUAAAUCCAGAGACGUAUUUUCAUAUCUACACGGCUGUUUCCUGUAUCCGGAGCCGCUCCUUCCAUGUCGAUUUGAUCAAAUGUAUCCGCAAGAAUACGACCAAAAAGUACUUGAAUGUAAAGAAACGCUGUACCGUUCUGAUUGUACAUAAUGUUUACCGUUGUAACAUGUUUGGUUGUAGGUUUAAAUGUAUGCAGAUGUGUAAAUAUCUGAGAGAGACCACCGGAAUCCUGUGGUGUGUAACGUCUGAGUAUUUCAAUUUAUACAGGACAGAGAAUGUAGGAGUUACAUGUGGUGUGAAAUAAUCGUGCCUUACUGUACGUAUGGCAGCAACAUGUGUACUGAGAGUAAAGAGAAACUUAUAUUAGUAAA